CAUCCAAGUCAAUUAAUGAAGAGGACAGAUUGGUGAGUGCUUAAAAAUAUAAAGCAAAAGACUUUGGAAGGGUAGUGGCAGAGGGAGGAAGAAGAGAGAGAGAGAAUGAAGAGAGAGAGUCAUUUUGUUCUGAGAGGAAGAAGGAGAGACCAGUCAAGCAAAGACACUAAUGGAUUGUCAUCGGCGGAAAUGGAAUCACUUGAAAGCAUAUGUGAGGCUGUGUUGCCUCCUCUCUCUCCGCAAUCUGAUUCUGAUGAGCACGUCGACAUCUUCUGGCAAUCUUCUGCUUCUCAAUCCUCUGUGCCUCAUCAGGUUGCAGAGAUACUAGUGAAAAGAGCUAUUAUAGAGGCACUAAUUUUAAUUAGAGUGAUUUUAUGGAUGCUAGCGACCAGAUUGGGUACUUUAUUGCUCUGUGGUUCUCUUUGUAUUACUGAUACCUGGCCUUUCAUCAAUAACUUCUCAAAUAUCUCUUUGGAGAAAAGAGAAAAGAUCGUGCAAAAGUGGCUCCAGCAUCGGUUUCUCACACCAAUUAGACUUGCAUUUCUUUACAUCAAAGUCCUCUGCGUCUGGGUCUUCUUCUCUCAGGUUGAUGAAAAUGGUGAAAACCCUACAUGGAAAGCCAUUGGGUAUGAUGUAUCUGCUGAAGAGAAGAAAGCAAGUAGCUUUGAGAAUAAGGAGAGGCCUCUUGAUAAGGGAAUGGUGGAAGCUAUGUAUGAAACUAACUCGAGUCUGCCUUUAUCACUUUCUCAGAAAGGUCUCAAAGUUGUUACGGAUGCCAAAAGCAAUGUCCUCAGAAUCAAAUGUGAUGCAGUAGUUAUUGGGUCCGGCUGUGGUGGAGGCGUUGCAGCUGCUGUUCUUGCAAGUUCUGGCCUGAAAGUGCUUGUUCUUGAGAAAGGAAACUACUUUACUGCUAUGGAUUAUUCUUCUUUAGAAGGGCCUUCCAUGGAUGAACUUUAUGAAUCUGGAGGAACUAUGGCUUCUGUAGAUGGCAAUAUGGCAAUAUUGGCAGGUUCAACAGUAGGUGGUGGUUCUGCCAUUAAUUGGUCAGCAUCUAUAAGAACACCAGAAUAUGUGCUUAAGGAAUGGGCAGAGAAGCAUAAGUUAUCAAUGUUUUGGGGCUCUGAAUAUGUGUCGGCCAUGGAUUUGGUGUGUGAAAGAAUUGGAGUUACAGAUAAAUGUUCAAUGGAAGGUCUCCAGAAUCAAGCCCUUCGGAAAGGUUGUGAGAAUCUUGGUCUUCAAGUUGAUUAUGUUCCGCGAAAUUCAUCAAAACAUCAUCAUUGUGGCUUUUGCAACUAUGGUUGCAGGCAAGGGGAUAAACAAGGGACUCAAACUACAUGGCUUGUUGAUGCUGUUAAUCAUGGUGCGGUAAUAUUGACAGGAUGCAAAGCUGAGAGAUUUGUGUUGCAAAACAACGAGGGAAGAAAAUAUGGGAGGAAAAAGAAGUGUUUAGGUGUGAUGGCAAAAUCACUAAGAAACCAUAUCAAAUGGAGGGUACAAGUUGAAGCCACAGUGACAAUCUCAGCAGCUGGUGCUCUUUUAACACCCCCAUUAAUGAUCUCUAGUGGGUUAAAAAACAAGAACAUCGGCAAGAACCUUCAUCUUCACCCGGUGCUAAUGGCGUGGGGCUACUUCCCGGAUUCAGUAUCUGAUCUUCAGGGAAAAUGCUAUGAGGGAGGAAUAAUCACAUCUGUCCAUAAGGUCCUAUCAGGGGACUCCAAAGUAAGAGCUAUAGUUGAAACUCCUGCGUUAGGGCCAGGUGCUUUUGCUUCAUUGUUCCCUUGGGUCUCUGGGCAAGGUUUCAAAGAAACAAUGCUUAAAUAUUCAAGGACAGUUCAUUUCAUAACUAUUAUUAAGGACAAAGGAUCAGGAGAAGUUAAGAAGGAAGGAAGAGUGAGAUAUCACUUAGAUGAGGAUGAUAAAGAGAACCUCAAGGCUGGAUUGAAGCAAGCACUGAGGAUUCUGAUUGGAGCAGGAGCCAUCGAAGUAGGCACACACCAAAGCAACGGGCAAAGAAUUAAGUGCGGCGGAACAAGUGAGAAUGAUGUGAAGGAGUUUUUGGACUCAAUAUAUGUAGCAGGAGGGCCAUUGUCACUCCAAGAAAAAUGGACUUUAUGUAGUUCUGCUCAUCAGAUGGGAAGUUGUAGGAUGGGAGUUUCUGAGGAGGGAAGUGCUGUUGAUGAGAAGGGGCAGAGUUGGGAAGCCGCAAGACUAUUUGUUUGUGAUGCAAGUUUGCUUCCAACAGCUAUUGGUGUCAAUCCCAUGAUCACUAUCCAAUCUACAGCAUAUUGCAUUGCUAAGAGAAUCACGGAAUCUUUGCGAAUGGAAUAAUUUUUAAAGUUCUAAUUUGUUCUUCAUUCAAGUGUGGUUUUCUAGUGUACUUGACUGAACAUUGUUGUGCCAAAAAAAUAUGCCUUUUUGAGUUCAUUCUUAUAUUACUAUAAAACUUGUUUGGUUCUAAUGCUUGAUACAGUAAAUUCAUAAACGUUUUAUGAUAAUUUUUCCCUUACAA